UAAAUAUUUCCGUGGAGGGCUUCGAGCAGAAGGAAGCCGCGGUAGUGGUGAACUGUGUUAAUAGUGAGACGUCUAGUUUACCUUCAUUUAGCUUCAGUAAUGCCGUAUGCUAACCAGCCAACAGUAAAGAUCACAGAGCUGACAGACGAAAAUGUCAAGUUUGUCAUCGAAAACACGGAUUUGGCGGUCGCGAACUCACUCCGCCGUGUCUUCAUGUCGGAGGUUCCCACAAUAGCCAUCGACUGGAUCCAGAUCGACGCCAAUUCGUCAGUACUGCACGAUGAGUUUAUCGCCCAUAGAGUGGGCCUCAUACCGCUCACCAGCGACGACAUCGUGGACAAAAUGCAGUAUUCCAGGGACUGCACCUGUGAGGAUUUCUGUCAGGAGUGCUCUGUGGAGCUCACCCUGGAUGUUCGAUGUAAUGAGGAUCAGACGCGUCACGUGACCUCGCGUGACCUGUUGUCUAACAACCCCAGAGUCAUCCCGGUGACUUCCAGGAGUCGAGACAACGAUCCCAACGACUACGUCGAGCAAGAUGACAUUUUGCUGGUGAAGCUCCGUAAAGGUCAGGAACUUCGGCUCAGAGCUUACGCUAAGAAAGGCUUUGGGAAGGAACACGCCAAGUGGAACCCAACAGCGGGGGUCUCCUUCGAGUAUGACCCCGACAACGCACUGAGGCACACAGUUUAUCCACGACCUGAGGAGUGGCCGAAGAGCGAGUACUCAGAGAUCGAAGAGGACGAGUUUCAGGCCCCUUACGACCCCAACGGGAAACCAGAACGGUUCUAUUACAACGUGGAGUCAUGCGGCUCCCUGCGGCCGGAGACCAUUGUCAUGUCAGCGCUGGCUGUCCUGAAGAAGAAGCUGAGUGACCUCCAAACCCAGCUGAGCCACGAGAUCCAGAACGACGUACUGAUCAUCAACUGAACGACCUUCCUCCGCACCAGCUUGAUCUUCACAUCCAGAAAUGGCUUUGCUGUGUCCUCCCUGCAGGCUGGCAGGAUCACUGAUGUCUGACCCAUUAAAAUGUGGGUUGCGCAACUUUUUCUGGUCAUAAUAAAUUGAGUCUCAGUCACUAGAAAUGUAAAAUUCAAUGAGUUUGCGAGAUCAUUGUUUAAUUUGAGUUUGAGCCAAAUGCGUAUUGAUCUUUUUUGCUGUCAGUGUAACACUUUAAACUGUUAUUUUUCCUUAAAUGUUCCUUUUUUAAAUAAAUAUUUUCUAAAGGAAA